CAAAAAGGAAACAUUCAUAGUUAAGCUACACUGCUCUACACAAUUACUGCACAGAGGAUCUAAAAAGCCACUGAUAUCGCUAUAGCAUUUCCUCCAGAAACACCAGUUGUGAAAAUGGUCACCGUCACCCCAGCUUUUACAACUCCUCAGACAAACUCCUGCGACCUGUAUGAACAUCAAAAUACAGCAAGGAUCUUACUGCCUGUGUUUUACAGCUUUAUUUUAAUUCUUGGUGUGUUUGGAAAUGGACUUGCCCUUGUUGUCAUUUUUAAAAACAGAAAAAAAAUCAACUCUACUACCCUCUAUUCCACAAAUCUUGUCCUCUCAGACAUUCUUUUUACUACUGCCUUGCCUACACGAAUAGCAUACUAUGCACUAGGAUUUCACUGGCCAUUUGGAGAAACACUUUGCAGACUAACUGCUCUCAUAUUUUAUAUCAACACAUACGCAGGUGUAAACUUUAUGACUUGCUUAAGUAUUGACAGGUUUUUUGCCGUAGUCCACCCUUUUCGAUACAACAAAAUCAGAAGAAUUAAACAUGCCAAGUAUAUUUGUAUAUUUGUCUGGUUUCUUGUAUUUAGCCAAACACUUCCAUUGCUCAUACAGAACAUGUCAAACGAGGAAAGAGAAAGGACUACAUGCAUGGAAUAUCCAAACUUUGAAAAAAUUCCACAUCUACCAUGGAUACUUCUUGCUGCCUGUUUAAUAGGGUACAUCAUUCCCCUUGGAAUUAUACUAUUUUGUUAUUCUCAAAUUAGUUGCAAACUUUUUCAAACUGCUAAGGAAAACCCAUUAACUGAAAAAUCAGGUAUAAACAAAAAGGCCAUCAACACAAUCAUUUUUGUAAUUGUCGUUUUUGUCAUCUGUUUUACUCCUUAUCACAUUGCAAUUAUCCAACACAUGAUCAAGAAGCUUCAAUAUAAUCCUUUGUGCAGUGAACAGCAAACCUUCCAGAAGUCCCUCCAUUACACUGUGUUUCUGAUGAAUUUUAACUGCUGCAUGGAUCCUUUCAUCUAUUUCUUUGCAUGUAAAGGAUACAAGAGGAGGAUAAUGAAAAUACUGAAACGUCAAGUUAGUAUAUCAGUUUCAAGUGCCGUCAGGUCAGCUCAUGAAGAAAGCUCACGUGAGAUGGGAGAAACACACAUGACUAUAUUUUCAAAAUCUUCAAAUGGAAAGUUAUAAACUGAAAAUACACAUUCCAGUAAUGCAAGUUUAAAAAUACUGGGCCUACAGUAAAUACUGUUUAUGCUUCCGUGCAGCAAAUUAAGUAAGAUUGUUUCACGGUAUCUUAGGAAAUCAAAGGUGAUGUUGGACUAAAAAAUAAAUGGUCAUGUGAAAGCAAGAAAACUCAGAAUUAGUAUUUUCUAAACUGAAUCACUUUGACCUGGCUUCAUGAAUUUUCUAGGAGAUUUCCACCACUGAGUAUGACUUGCACCUUUCCAUUGCUGGAUUUUAGGAAAGCUUGAUUCACACUAUCUACUAGUUCUCUGAGAAAGGAAUAAACUAAAAACAGCUAAUAGCUCAGAGUGACUAAAAACCAACACAUCUAAAAAGAGGUAAACAUCUGACUGAGCUCCAAUGUAAGCACUCUUGACUAACAUGGUGUGUUAUGUGCACUGGACUGACAGGGCAAUGGUAAAGACAUAAAACAAAGAAAAUAACUUUUGAAGGAAAAUAAAAUGUACAUUUUUUCAUGGAUAAUUAUAAAUGUGUAAUUUAGAUCCUUCUGGAGGUAGGGUUGGAUUACAGUAUUCAAAACAUGAACAUCUUAUCUAAAUUUAUCAUGGAUAACUUUGUGAGAAUACUAGUGAGAGAGAGUUAAGACACUGUUAGUUUGUAAAAUUUUGCAUGUGUAAGUAAAUCUAAAGAACAAAGAGUAUUGUUUCCCACAACUACCCAAAGGUCUUCCAGGUUCCUGCUAAAGUCACAGGUUGCAAUAACAAUAAGAUAAAAGAUUCUAGAAAUGGGAAGAAAUGUUUAUAGUUGAAAUCACCACAAUGUGUUAAAUUUGUUCGUUAUAAUGGGAAGUGUGACUGCCUCUUCUUGGACACUGUUUAUGUGGAGGGCUACUAAAUGAAAACAGCAGAAGGAGCAAGCUUCACCAUCAUGGUUGCUGCUGCCCACACCAUCUUCUGGGAUGCAUCACACCACCAUGGGGCCUUCAUCGUUCUGAACCAGAAAUAUGCCUUGACAAGACCAAGCCAUAGUGGGAACAGAUGACACCAAUAUCAGAGGUGCUGGAACAACUUUUCUAGUGGGAGUGCUGAGAGCCAUUGACUCAAACUGUAAACCCUGUAUAU